AUGGCCUAUCAAAAUCGAAAUGUAUUCAUCAACAUUUAUGGCAUGGACAUCGGAAACGUUUUUGUAAUUGCUGCCAUCAUAUUGGAACGUAACUUGCAGAAUGUUGCCAAUUACUUGGUUGCAUCGUUGGCUGUUGCUGAUCUACUCGUUGCCUGUCUGGUGAUGCCGCUGAGUGCCGUCUAUGAGAUAAGCCAAGGCUGGAUACUUGGUCCGGAACUCUGCGACAUUUGGACAUCGUGCGAUGUAUUGUGCUGUACAGCUUCCAUAUUGCAUUUAGUUGCCAUAGCGGUUGAUAGAUAUUGGGCGGUGACUAAUAUCGAUUACAUUCAUUCGCGCACAAGUAAACGUGUCUUUCUUAUGAUAUUUUGUGUUUGGUCAGCGGCUGUUAUAGUCUCUCUGGCGCCACAAUUUGGUUGGAAGGAUCCCGACUAUUUGCAGCGUAUAGAACAACAAAAAUGUAUGGUUUCACAGGAUGUUUCAUAUCAGGUCUUUGCCACAUGUUGCACAUUCUACGUGCCACUACUCGUCAUAUUGGCGCUUUAUUGGAAAAUCUAUCAAACAGCACGUAAACGCAUACACCGAAGACGGCCACGGCCAAUCGAUGUGACCGGUAAUAAUAAUCAGCCCGAUUUGUCGGUACAAAAGACGCGUACACGUCUCCGGUUACGUAUUGGUAAAUUUGCGACACCUCACACCAGCGUCACCACCACAGCCGGCCAAACAGCAUUGGGACUGGUCGAGGGCAAUUCCACAAAUACGGUGAACACUGUGGAGGAUACCGAAUUCAGUAGUAGUAAUGUGGAUAGUAAAAGUCGUGCGGGCAUCGAAUCGACAACGAUGUUUAGCAACAAUCCCGAAGAGAUUCCAACCACUUCGACAAGUCAAAUAUCGACAGUAUCCCACCUGGUAGCAUUAGCUAAUCAACAGCAUGCAGCAACCAAAGCAUCCUCAACCUCAACAGUACAACAUCAACGACAACAACAACAACAACAACAACAACAACAACCGCAUAAAGACAGUAGAAGUAGUAGUAAUAAUAAUAGAAAUAUAAAUACAGUGCAAAAUGGCGCAACCACGGAAGUGGCAAUAACAACAGCAACAACAACAACAACAAUAGAGAACAAUAAGUUGUCAACGGCGGCAACACCAACAACUAAAGUAUGCAUAGUAGCGCCAAAUGACAGUAACGGCAUUAAUGUCAACCCGACAACUAUGGUAAAUGGCAAUUCAACAACAACAACAACAAACGGAGUAGCCGUGGCGAAUGGCGCUGCCGAAGUGCUUGAAGAUCCACUUCUGCAACAGCAAUUGCAACAAGUGCAACAACAAGUUGACACAACGAUCACAACACCAACGACGGCAGCGAUAGGGACUGAUGGUGGUGUUGGUGGUGUUGGUGGUGGUGGUAAGACAAUGCCACCGGUCGCAUGUGCCUCGAAUGCCACCACAAUCACUUCCAUAUCGGCAUUAUCACCGCAAACACCAACAACCGCCGUCAUCUCCGCAGGCGGUGCCAGCGGUGACGAGCAUCUGCAUCCCUUGGCGCCCACAGCAAUGCAAACAAUGACUGCUACAUCCUCCUGCCAGCUGACGCCCACGCCAAAAUUGAAACAUUCGCAGCAACAACAACAACUGUCCAGCAUAGCAAAUCCCGUGCACAAGGUGACGAAACGUAAGGAGACGCUGGAGGCGAAACGUGAACGGAAAGCGGCCAAAACAUUGGCCAUCAUCACCGGUGCAUUCGUUAUCUGUUGGUUGCCAUUCUUUGUGAUGGCACUGCUGUUGCCACUGUGCGAGACGUGCGAGAUUAACGAUGGCCUGGCGUCCGUAUUCCUUUGGCUUGGCUACUUUAACUCAACGCUAAAUCCUGUGAUUUACACGAUAUUCAGUCCGGAAUUUCGACAAGCGUUCAAGCGUAUACUCUUCGGUGGCCAUCGACCGGUGCAUUAUCGUAGUGGAAAGAUUUAAGCGGCCAGCAAGUGGUCGAACUGUCAUCUUCAUGAAAACCCAAAGAGGCGACGUACUAAGGAUGAGCAGCCUACAAAAAUUAUUUCUUCCAGCAUACAUUUGCAGCUUCUAAACGCCAUAAGUAGAGCCAAUCUUUUGAAAAUCUAAUAAAAAGCAGCUCUCAAAUACUACAUCAGUCCGUAAAUGGAAGAACAUUAGAAAAAACAUAAAAAAUAUUUCAAUUUUCUGUUCUAACUAAAAAAACUCUUACUUAACUUGAGUUUUGGAAAAAGAAAACUAUUAAGUAAUUUCUAAAAGCUACGGGUGAAACCAAAAUACCGUUAUAAUGAA